GCUCACAGUUGAGAACUAUCGUCACCAUGAGCAAACAAGCCCAUAUAAUUCCAUACCCUGAACGAAUCCAAGAACUAGUCGAAUAACGCACUUAAGACCUAUCCGCUCUUAACCCAGGCCACUGAGCUCGCUGCGGCAAACAACCCCCUCAUUCAAUCACAACAAGAGUUUCCUCUGUUCCGAAGGACAGUGCAUAAUGUCGGACAUCGAGAUUACCGGCGACAAUACUUUGACUGAGAAUGGCGGGAGUGCAGAUGUCGAGAUGGGCGGAGACGAGGUAGUGGAGGUCGCAACAACCACGGAUGUAGGAGACAAGAACGACGACGUAGAAAAAGACCAGGAAAUUGCGGAAGAAGAAGAGGCACCAGUCCCGGCACGAAUCACAUAUGUGGACCAUUUGAAAAGCCCCAUUGUAGAGCUCAUUGUUGGACAAGGUGACUCCGAAAUCAUCCUCAGUGCUCAUCAAGCGCUGUUGGUGCAAAGCCCCUUCUUUGAAGACGCUUGCGCUCAAUUCGAUGCUGAUACACCGAGAAGGUCAAUCGACCUGUCAGAGGAGAACCUCGAUGCAGUCGGCUGCUUCCUGGAGUACCUUUAUACUGGCGAAUACUUCCCUCAGAGAGUCACUGGGCAGCGCGGAUUAGUCAAAGAUUCCACGAUGCCAGAAUUGGAUGAGUCGGGCGAGCAACUCCUAAAGCACGCAAGGGUCUAUACCCUGGCGGGCAAGUUUGGCGUUGACGCACUGAAGGCACUCGCACUUUCAAAGAUUCACUGCGUCAAUUCCAACGCAAAGGGCGAGAUUCAAUACGCUCGCUACGUUUACGCAAAUACCGCCGAAGACGAUACCACAAUCCGUAGGCCCGUUGCCUCGUUCUGGGCGCAUAGAUCCCAUGUCCUGCGCGCUGAAGCGGAAGAUGAAUUCAGGAAGAUGUGUUUGGAAUUCCCUCAGUUUGGUUUCGAUGUGCUGACCCGCGUCUUGGACGAGAAGCUCAAGAACGAGACCCGCGACAAACCGCAGAGUACCCCAAGCGGCAGCUCUCGCAAGCGCCAAAGGCAUAUCCAGGUCUAGGUUUGGCCAGUGAUAUAAAUAAUUGCUUGACAACAUCGCAAUGUUUUGAUACGAUAUGGUGUAGCACGAUUGCUUAGGACUUAAGGCCUUGGGCAAAAUCAGGACACUUCAUUUGUAGUACAAGGUAUUCUAGUAUUUGAGGCUAAUAUUCCCAUAGCUGAGCAUAGGACUAUAAAUAAUAGCUUCCGCUUCAGCGCACUGUUUGUUCGUUUGAUGUUGUAAAGAGGCGAAUAUAGCGUCAAUCUCACUAUAAAACUCCAAACAGAGGGCUUGAUACCACCUCAUUGGACUACUGUAUAUUUAAUUUGGAGCUUUUCUCUCCGUAUCCAGAGUUACGCACAAACUCGCCGGAAACAUAAAUUGCUCUCAAUAAAUU